AUGACCGAUUCAAAGCCAACACUGGGAUCAUCCGACGACGGAUCUACCCGAGGAAUGAAGCGCAUAUGGUAUCGUACAACGCUUUUCAAUGCCUUCAUUAUUGGUGGCGUUGGCUUCAUGGCCCCAGGGUUAUGGAAUGCCAUGAACUCGUUGGGCGCGGGUGGUGCAGAAUCACCAUAUCUGAUCAAUGCUGCCAAUGCUCUUGUCUUUAGUCUGAUGGGUUUUCUAUGCCUAUUCGGUGGCCCGAUCGCGAACCGCAUUGGCAUGAAUUGGACUCUUCUGCUUGGCGCAGUCGGUUAUCCGGUCUACUCAGCUGCGCUAUAUACAAAUAAUCGCUUUGGAAAUGAGUGGUUCGUGCUAGUCGGUGCCAUCGCAUGUGGCUUAUCAGCUGGUCUUUUCUGGGCAUCGGAGGGUGCAGUGGCACUUGGCUACCCCGAACCUGCUAAACGGGGUCAGUAUAUGAACAUCUGGCUUUGGUUCAGGACUGGCGGUCCUCUAUUGGGAAGUGCUAUUGUGCUUGGGCUAAAUCACUCAGCGAGCUCGAAGAGUAAAGGAAAGGUCGGAUCAGAAACUUAUCUUAUCUUCGUUGCCCUACAGUGCCUUGCCGUUCCGCUUGCAAUCUUCCUCACCCGGCCCGAAAACGUCCAGCGAAGUGAUGGAAGUAAAGUCAAGAUUGUUAUUCAAGACUCAUGGCGGGCCGAGAUGCUAGAGCUCUGGAAGCUUUCUCACCGAAAAGAUAUCAUGUUGCUUCUUCCUGUCUUCUGGGCUUCCUAUUUCAAUCAAUACGAAGGAAACUUCGAGACUUACUACUUUGGUGUUCGAGCGCGUGCACUGAUUGGGUUCGUUGCAUACCUUGGAACACUCAUUUCUUCUUGGAGCAUCAGCCGGAUUUUGGACUAUCGAAUGCUAUCAAUCAAGAGCCGACUCACAUACACAUUUUACUAUGUCAUUUUCUUGCACAUACUUGCUUGGAUUUACGGCUGGGUCGUUCAGGAGCAGUUUACUAAAAUGUCACCGUCGUAUGACUGGUCCGACAAGGGGUUUACGAAAGGGCUGUUCGUGGUCAUUCUCUGGGAAUUCUCCCGACAGGCAUUGCAGAAUUGGCUAUACUAUUUCCUUUCAACCAUGACGGACAAUAUCUCCGAGCUCUCUCGACUCUCAGGUAUCCUUCGUGGACAAGAAAGUUUCUCUCAGGCAGUGUCAUUUGGACUCAACACUAGGGAUUGGUAUGGGGGAAGAGUUCCCCUUGCAGUCAACACAAUUCUUCUUGGCCUUGCAGUGUUGCCUACCUGGUUCGUUCUCAGAGACCACCAGCCCAUCGAACAUGACAGAAGCGAUGAUAAUUUGACUCAUCUUCAUGAUGAAGAGGAGCACCCUGAGAAGUUUAUUGAUAAUACCAGAAAAGGGGAUAUUGUUGUUGGUGAAACCAGUGUUACAAGAUGA